AUCUUAAGAGACUUAAACCAACCACAAGGUGGUGAGGUAGAUGAAAUGUCAUAUGACGACAAGUAUAGACACUUCUCCCAGGCAAAGAUGAGACAAGUUUUAAAUAUUUACAAUAGCCGUAAACAAAAAGGUUUGGGAAACCACUCCCCCGAAGAAAUGAAAAACAACCCUGACUUAGAGAAAGACUAUAUAUUUAAUAGUUUAGUCAAAAGAGACAAACAAGAAAGAAUGCCAGGCUUCAAACUUAAGAAAGGUGACAAAGUAAAAAUAGAAAUACCUAAACGCGACCCAUAUGAAAAUACUAUUGACUAUGACAACAAUGGGAACCCGACAGGUACUCACAUUCGUGUUCGUAAAAAUAGAAGAAAGUAUACAAGAGAAUAUUAUGAAGUUUUAGGCAAACAUGGCAAAAUGUACAGACUGCAAGCAGAAGAUAAAACUACUAUUGUCAGACCUCGUUUCAAACUUGUCAAAGUUCAAGGUGGUAUACUUUCAAAGACAGUUCCUAACAAAUAUAAGACAACUCCUGACGAAUAUGCUAAAGAAGUUGAAAAUGACGACUAA